AUGCAACAAAUUCCAGUACUGAGAUUUUGCACUCUUCGUAACGAAUGGGAGGAAUAUUUAUCUCCAAUGACCACUUUGAGAGAAAAAGAAUGGAAAUCUUUACAAAUUUCUCCUCUUUUAUACCCUGAAGAAGAAAACGGCCUUAAAAUAGGUACUUUCAAUAUCAUGGCAGAAAUCAAAGCACCUAUCAAAAAUUCCAUUGUGAGAGAUGUCGAACGUUUUCACUACACCAUAGAACUAUUGAAAAGAGAAAAUUUUGAUGUACUUGGUCUCAAUGAGGUCACUCCAGAAUUUCUAUUAUUGCUUCAACAGAAUACGUUCUUUCAAGAACAUUACUUUUUCAGUGACAUUGUGGAAGAGAGUCAAGAUGAGACUUGUUUGAAAACACGAAAUACAUCAUUGGGAAGAAAUAGUCAAGGAAAUUUAAUUUUAUCUAAAUAUCCUCCUUUGGAAUUAUUUAAAUUGGAAGAUCCCAUCGUAAAACCAGUGUUGUUCUGUACAUUUUCACAUCAUACUUGUGACAACCAAAAUAAUGACUCGGACAAGGAAACAUUAUGUAUCAUUAGUGCUCAUACCAGUGCCUACAGUCAUAACGUGAAAAGACGAGAAGUUGAACUAGUUCAUAUCACUCAACAAGAGUAUUUAAAUCGUAUGGAUGAAGUCAUUCUCAUGGGAGAUUUAAAUAUACAUUUAGAUGUCGAAGAAAAGACUAUUGAAUUAAUUCAAUAUGAAGAUUUAUGGAACGAGACGCAUGAUUCAACUAUUCAAAAAGGUUUCACAUUCGAUUCCUAUCUCAACACAUUCAUUCGAUGUAAAUAUUUGGGAAUGGAAAUUCGAAGAAUGCGAUUGGAUCGAAUUUUAAUACGAAAAAGUCCACAUCGACGAAUGACUGCACAAGGAAAGAUGGAACUAUUUGCCAAUGAACCACUGUGUCAAUGGAAACAAAGCUCUUCAUCUUUCUCUCACUCAUUGAAAACUCCCUUAUGGUGGAAAGCAUUUCAUUCAUUGAAAUUGGCCUGCCAAUCGGAUUAUUUGUUCUGUUCUGAUCAUUUUGGAUUGAAAGUGACCUUGAAGAAAUUUGAAAAUUCAAAUCAAAUGGAAAGACAUGUCAAGGAAAUGAUGAAACAACUACCUUGUGUCAAAGAUUCACUUGCUGAGGAUGAAAAUGUACAACCUUACUCGAAUCAUCGAAGAGUUUUUUUAACCUAUGUGGUGAUUGUUGUAUUCAGUGCAAUCAUCUUUCGAUUUUUAUUCAUGUGA